AUGAUGGUUCUAGGACAUGAACCAAGGCAAACCACUUCAAAUCUUGGUCACUUAAACAAACCGUCUAUACAGGCAUUAAUUCAUGGCCUUAACAGACAUUAUUACUCUAUAACAAUCAACUACAGAAAGAAUGAACUGGAACAGAAAAUGCUGUUGAAUUUACACAAGAAGAGUUGGAUGGAGGGUCUGACACUUCAAGAUUACAGUGAGCAUUGUAAACUCAAUGAGACUGUGGUGAAAGAAAUGUUGGAGCUGGCAAAGAACUACAACAAGGCUGUAGAGGAAGAAGAUAAGAUGACCCCUGAGCAGCUUGCUAUAAAGAAUGUUGGGAAACAGGAUCCCAAGCGUCACUUGGAGGAACACGUGGAUGUUCUGAUGACCUCUAAUAUUGUCCAGUGUUUAGCAGCCAUGUUGGAUACAGUUGUAUUUAAAUAG